AUGUUAUCAACAUCUGGAUAUAGACUUGCAUAUGGCGGAGUAAAUUUAAGAGCAACCAAGCUUAGAGAAUUGCGGAUGAAAUCUUUAAACAAUUAUGAACCUAAUAAAGUAAAUAUGAAACAGAAUCGCCGCCCAUGCGGCUGGUUCAGAGAUACUUUCAUUCCAGUUCCAAAACUCAAGGGGGAAAACAAAGCACAUAAAGAAUUUGUAAAUUCUGUGUCAUUAGAAAUUCGUAAAAAGAUCAUAAAUGAGAUAAAACAAGGUUCACCUAGUCUCAAUUUGGCAGAAUCUUACAUGGCAAUUAGUAAUAUGGCGGAAGCAGUUGCUCCUGAACCAAAUGAAUUUGUUAAGGAACGAAUAAGGGAUAUUAUGAAUUACCGUGCAAAUUUCAACAUUUUGUAUAAUAGCAAUAGAGGGGUUCAAGCCCAAAAGUUACUUAACCCUGUGGAUAUGCCACAUUUGCACGAUGCAAUUUCGGAACUCUUGUAUUUAAGCUGUGAAUCAGAUAAUAUUAAAAAAGAAAUAUCUUUACCUACUAAUGAUUUUGUCCCAUUUGAUAUGGAACACAAAGAAGUUGAUGAUACAAUUAACCCAAUAUAUGAUAUCAUCAAAACCCCAUUGCUAGAAUUCUGGAGUACUAUAGGUUGCACAAAAUAUGUAAAUUACAAUGGCUAUAGUCUACCCGGUAGGUUUGAAAAAUCUGUUUAUCAUGAAUACCAAAUAAUCAGAACCAACAUGACAUUCUAUGACUUGGGCUGUGAAAUAGUCUACAAAUUUACUGGCAUUGAUAAAUAUCAAGUUGUAAAUCAGUUUAUUUCGUGCAAAAUUCCAAAAAAUGACUGUGACGUUUCUUACGGUUGCGUAAUCAAUAAUAAUGGACAUAUUUUGGACACUGCCUAUAUUUUUUACUCAAAAUUAGAAGACACUAUUUACAUGGUAACUAGCGGAUACAAUCGCAAUAUACAGUCUAAUUUCAUCGCAGAAUAUAUAAUAUACUGUCAAAGAUCAGGGUUAGAUGUCAUGUUUCACAAUGAAGAAUAUCACACAGUGGCGUUGAAUGGUAAAGAAUGUACACGUUUUUUUGGUAAUAAUAAUUUCAAUAACUUUACCCACUGUAAUAUUUCAAAUCUGAGUGACAAUGAUCGGUUCGAUGGGUUGCCAGAAAUGCCUAUAGUGAGGAUAUCAUACACCGGAAAUGAUGGUAUCCAUUUCAUUUGCCCAACCAAGUUUGUUAGUACACUGACCAAUAAACUGAAGGAAAUUGCACAACCGGUUGGUCUGGUGGCUGUCAAUAUUAGACGAAUGGAAUCAGGGGUGUUUUUACCAUCACUUGACAUAAUUUCCAACCAAAGUCCCUUCACAUCAUCUCUUUCGUGGACAGUACAUUUGCCUAAGGUUAGAAACAAAACACUUUUUGGACAUCAAUUGUUUUGCACGCAAAUCGCACAUUUAAGGAGGAAAAGAGUGGCUUUGCUUUCAUCUGUGCAUUUAAAACCCGGUAGUGUCGUGUUAUCAUCAGUUACACGCAGUCCCAUUGGUCAGGUAUCAAGUUGUGUAUGGAGUUAUUUUUACAACUGCAGAUUAUCCUAUGCCUAUAUAUCUCCAGAGUUUGCCAUGCAUGGGAAGCUUCUUAUUGCCAAAACUAGAGUUAGAUUGCCUGAGGGUACGCCAAAAACUAAAAUUCGUGCUGCAUUAAAGAGUAGAAUGAAUACCAAACAAUCAUGGGCAUUAGUAAUCCGCUCCCCGCCUGUGCCACAAGCCCGAAUGUAUAUUAAGUCUGAGAAGCAAUUUAACAGAGGAAAAGCUGAAGAACAGGAUGUAGAUAGAUUAUUUGAAAUAGUAAAAUGCUUGGCUGAUCCUGUUAUGCCUAGGUAUAAGCGUCCGAAACCGACAUUUUAG